AUGCCCGCCAUGACGUCGCUCGCGUGUCGGGUACAGUACGUGGACGACACCGACCCGUUCGAGUACUCGGCCAACGUGCCGGAGCCGCAACGGGCGCCGCCGGUACAUUCGUUCAGCCUCACGUUACCACUGAUCAACCAGUUAGCCGGCGUGUACCGGGUCCUCCGGGCCCCGCACAGAGUAAGUCCUAGUCUGCCAUUGUCGUUGAGCUCUCCGUGGCGUACUUAA